GUUUCUUUGGGGAGGGGUGGGGGGGUUUAAGCAGAUUGAUAAAAUGGAGAGCAAAAUGUUCGGCGGGCUUCCUGAGCUUGGGAUAUCUAACGGCGAGGACCUUAAAGAGACUCUCACCAACUGCACUGAGCCACUCAAAGCUAUCGACCAGUUUCAGAUGGAAAAUGGCAUCCUCCUGCCAACUCUCCAGUCGGCUCUCCCCUUCCUGGACCUGCACGGGACACCCAGGCUGGAGUUCCACCAGUCCGUCUUUGACGAGCUCCGGGACAAGCUGAUGGAGAGAGUCGCCACCAUCGCAGAGGGCAAGGAGGACGACAGGUACGGCAAGCUGGAAGAGUUGCUGGAGAAAAGCUUCCCGCUGGUCAAAAUGUCCUCCAUCCAGCCGGUGGUCAUGCAGGUGCUGAAACAUCUACCCAAGGUCCCUGAGAAGAAACUGAAGAUGGUGAUGGCGGACAAGGAGCUGUACAAGGUGUGUGCUGUGGAGGUGAAAAGGCAGAUCUGGCAGGACAACCAGGCUCUCUUUGGGGACGAGGUGUCCCCGCUCCUGAAGCAGUACAUCGUGGAUAAAGAAGCGGCGCUGUUCAGCAGCGACCUCUCCAUCCUGCAUAAUUUCUUCAGCCCAUCCCCCAAAAUGCGACGUCAAGGCGAGGUGGUCCUGAAGCUGACGCAGAUGAUCGGGAAGAACGUGAAGCUGUACGACAUGGUGUUGCAGUUUCUGCGAACGCUCUUCCUGCGGACGCGGAAUGUUCACUACUGCACGCUGAGGGCAGAGUUGCUGAUGUCCCUCCAUGACUUGGACAUCAGUGAGAUCUGUUCUGUGGACCCCUGUCACAAGUUCACAUGGUGCUUAGACGCCUGCAUCAGAGAGAAGUUUGUGGAUGGCAAGCGGGCCCGAGAGUUGCAAGGGUUCCUGGAUGGAGUCAAGAAAGGACAAGAGCAAGUUCUUGGGGACCUGUCUAUGAUCCUGUGUGACCCGUUUGCUUCCAACACGCUGGUGCUGAGUAUCAUGAGGAACCUGCAGGAGCUGCUGAGCCAGGAUGCUUUACCCAGGGACAGUCCUGAUCUGAUGUUGCUUCUAAGGAUGCUGUCGCUCGGCCAGGGAGCUUGGGAUAUGAUCGACAGCCAGGUGUUCAAAGAACCUCGUCUGGAUUUGGAGCUCAUGACCCGCUUUCUACCCGCCAUGAUGUCGGUGGUUGUGGACGACCACACCUUCAGCGUGGAGCAGAAGCUUCCCAAUGAUGAGAAGAGCACGCUGGCGUAUCCUACCUCCUUGCCAGACGCCUUCAUCAGGUACAUGCAGGACAACCGAGUGGCUUGUGAGAUGGGUCUCUACUACGUUCUUCACAUCGCCAAGCUGAGGAACAAGAACGCCUUACAGAGGCUGUUACCUGCUUUGGUGGACACGUACAAUGACAUGGCCUUUGGGGACAUCUUCCUGCACCUGCUGACCGGACAUCUCACUCUGCUGUCGGACGAGUUUGGAGGGGAGGAGUUCUGUUCCGUGGUCUUCGAUGGCUUCCUCCUGACGUCGUUUUCCAGUAAGGAGAACGUGCACCGACACACGCUGCGCAUGUUGCUGCAUCUCCACCACAAAGUCCUGCCUUCGUACUUGGAAACCUUGAAGAAAACUCUGGAACCUCCCAAGCAGAGCGGCGAGCCGGUGAAGGAGCUGCACAGCCAGCUGACGGACAAGAUGGACGCCCAGAAGAAAAGUCCUGCCGUGCCGGAGGAGCCGCCGUCGCUGGAUCUCAGCCUGCACCCGGUCAAAGUCGCCCCCGCAGCGGCGUCCGGCGCGGCUGCCCCGCUCUGACCAGGAUGUGUCUCCUUUCUCCUCUUUUAUUGUCCUGCUCCACGGAGACGGCUUGGAUUUUCUCCCACGCUACAUCGUUCUGCUAUCAUCCGUGAAUUAUCGUCCGAACUCCAACCGCCCCCCGUGUGACUUUCACCGAGGAAGAGCGACGUCGUUUUUUUUUUUUACUUCUGACGGAAGUGCGUCAAAGAAAAAGAAAGCGUAGUCCAAUUAGGAAAAAUGUGCAGAAAUCAAGCUUCCCAAAGGAUAAAGUUUAGUUGUUUUUUUUAGCAAAAGGUCUGCUGCUGCUAAAUGAUUACCACUUCCUGUCUCUUCCGUCUAGUUUCCUGUCUUUGACGAGUCCUUCAUGUGUUGAAUCCUUCACAUAAGUCCUACCUUGAAGGGAAACUGCACGUCUGUCAUUCGCAAUCCUCAUGGAAGACGUUUUUCUUUUUUAUACAUUCUAAAUCGUAAAUAGAUGCUAGCAAGAGUCAGCUAAUGACAGUCGCCUAGAAAGCGCUCUAAAAAAACCCCACCAUUAAUGUUUAUAUACACACUGUAUGUAUAUAUGUAAUGUAGUAUCCGUCACAUUCAUAAUAACAUGUCAUAUUUACAUAUUUGGAUCAUUUUAAGUAUUAAUUUCACAGACUCAUCACAACAUUUACUUUCCCUUCAACAACAACAACAAGAAGAAGACUACUAAUCAUGGCAAACUUGAUGAGAGACAACAAAGACUACUUUGGGACAAAUGAUGAUCCAGAAACUGAUAUUUUUGAGCCUGAAUAUAAGGAGGACGAUCUGCAAGUUUCAGAAGCUGUGUGCUAAACAGAUCGAGAAAGUAGCAGCAUUGCUAAGUGCUAAACAAGAUACACAAACAUAAUAAAACAAUCACUUGCUGUACAAUGUCUGCUCUCACUGGGAUAAAGACUGAUGGGAUGUUUAUAUCUUCCUCUUUACAUCAACUAUUCAUCAUUUCACAAACAGUGACGUGUCUUUCUUGCCAUGAUAUCAUGUGCGAUACAAGCAGUCCUGCAUAGUGUUUAGUUGUGUGUGAUAUCAUGUGCGAUACAAGAAGCUCUGCAGUGUUUACUUGUGUGAUACAAGCAGUCCUGCAUAGUGUUUACUUGUGUGUAAUAUCAUGUGCGAUGCAAGCAUCAUGUUUACUUCUGUGUGAUAUUAUGUGCGAUACAAGCAAUUCUGAAGCCUGUCUGAUGGUGUGUGAUAUGUGCGAUUCAAGCAGUCUUGCAGCGUGUUUACUUGUGUGAUAUCAUGUGCGAUACAAGCAAUUCUGCAGCCUGUUUACUUGUGUGUGUGAUAUCAUGUGCGAUACAAGCAGUACUGCAGUGUGUUUACUUGUGUGAUGUGAUAUGUGCGAUGCAAGCAGUCCUGCAGAGUGUUUAGUUGUGUGUGAUAUCAUGUGCGAUACAAGAAGUCCUGCAGAGUGUUUACUUGUGUGUAAUAUCAUGUGCGAUGCAAGCAUCAUGUUUACUUGUGUGCGAUACAAACAAUUCUGAAGCCUGUUUGAUGGUGUGUGUGAUAUCAUGUGUGAUUCAAGCAGUCUUGCAG